AUGAGUGUAUCCCAAGAACUUGAGCCACACACACUUUCCCUCGGAUCCGCUCUAUCCUAUGGAAUGUCGUACGAGACCAUAACGGUGCGGAUGAACCGUAGUGAUACGAACAUACCAUGGGGAUACACAUUACGACAACAGGGUAAUCGAAUCAUAGUAGCAACGGUCGACAGGGAUUCGUUAUCAGAUAAGGCUGGAAUGAAGGCUGGCGAUGAAGUUGAUGCAGUUUGCGGGAGAAAUGCAGUGAACAUGAGUGUGAAUGAAGCAAACAGUAUACUGGAUUCAUCAUUCCAAGAAGUCAACUUCAAUUUGAGAAGAUACGUGACAUCGCACACUUGCUUGCCAUGGACACUGACCGAACAGGACAACAAAUUAGUCGUCGACGAAAUGCAACCAGGAUACGGUCAAGGAUUUGGCGGUAGUCUUUCCUUUGAUCGUGGAUCUUCAGCACGAACAAAGUCUUCACUGCAGUCAAGUCAACAGCACCAAAGGUCUCACUAUCAAUCAAAUCAACAGAAUAUCAACUCAGUGCAAAGUCCAUUCCGUUCUUUUCCCCUCAUCUCCAACACAGUGCUCGCAAAUCAAGCAUCGCCUUGUGUUAUGGUAUUUUACGGCUCUAAUCGUGCACCGCACUACGGCAGUUACGUUGCUACAAACAGUCAGCCGCGAAUGUACCACAGUCCUUCUACGUACUCUCGUCAUCAGCAAUCCAACUUCAACACAGCUCAAAGCUCAAACUCAUAUGGUAAUGGUCCAUCUUACUCCACCGCUAUCGACGGACCAGAGCCAUUUAUAAGAGGAAGAUCGCACACAUACUCACAUGUGAACCCUACGUACAACACAAACUUUGGAUCGCAACGACAUCAUUCCCCACAAAAUGGCCCGCGCCAGUCAGAAGCAGCUCAAAACUACAGUUUUAACAACGGAUUCACUACCACUGCCUACAAACCGAGUUCUGGUGGAGUACCACUCAAUCAAGCUACGUACAUUCAAACAUCUCACUCACCAUCCCUACAUCCUGGUGGUCUAUCUCCUGGAGGAACCAAGUUGUUGUACCAUUCACCAUCACCACGAACACGAAAUGAACUUUCUCCUUAUGCGUCUGUGCAACAUCUCCAGUACAACUCUCCCAUGAACAUCUAUUCUGUCGAAGCAGCAGCUGAAGAAUAUACCCAGCAAACAGGACGACCUACACAGCUGCCAAACUAUCGAAAUAAAACACCAGCAUAUCUGACAUCUGAAACAAAGAAGUUGAUCGAAGAGCAGGAGCGUGGCCGCGGUUAUCGUCUCGCAUCGCCAUCGGCCCAGUCGUCUUCAUUCAAACGAAUUAGCCAAGCUGUAGGAGCGCCAGUGUUAUAGGCUACGUAUUAAAACAUUUUUUUAAUCUUUUCCCAAUAUUUGCUUGUGUUGAAAGCAAAUUCUUGUAAUAUGUCGACGUGCUCAGAGUUUUAUUGUGUUUUGGAAAAUUCGUAAUCGAUAGACUCAGAACGCUUUCGUUAGUACCUGUUAGAUUUCCACGUCAGCUGCAUACUGCUAGCUUUUCGUAUUUUUAUACAAAAAAAAGAAGAUUCUGUUAUUUAGCCUCAGCUAGACGGUGAAACUUUUUAGAACAUUUACAUAUGUGCAUAACAAUAUACAAAACUUGUGAGAAUUAAAAGAACAAUAAAGUGCUAC